CCAUGCAGAAGCAAGGCUCGCCCCUCCAGACGUCGAGAUCCGUCUGUCGCAGUUAUCCACCAUUGUUUUAGCAUCUCGUUCCCCGAGCCGGCUUCGUUGCAUCGUCACGCUCCGGCUGCUGCGGCGCUCCAGCUCCAGCCCCUUCAACACUGCCGGAUGCUGCGCAAUGCACAGGUGAAGAGGCCCGCGUGGCAAUGCCGCCUGUGCGUGGCGCAUCUAGGACCCUUGCUGCACGCAUCAUUCCGCGACUUCAACUGUGAAAUUCUCAACGCUUUCCAUAUGCCUCCCAGACGGUCGCACAAAAAGUCGCGCGCGGGGUGUCGGCGCUGCAAAAAUCGCAAGAUAAAGUGUGACGAGGUUCAUCCACGAUGUGGAAAUUGCUCCAAACAUGGCGUCAUGUGUGAUUUCGAGAGCCGUCAAGUCCUCGACGAGCUGCACACGACCUCCACCCCGGCUAUCAAGAGCCCGCAGGCGCCCAUAUCCGCGCCCUCUUCAGUGAGCCCGGUGUCCAAGACCGCGCCAGCACCGACGACGGCGACGACUGCGACGACGGCAGCGUCACUAACGACAGCCAUGCCUGCAUACGAUGAUCGCCGAAUAUCGCCGCUGAGACUUUCUCCCCCGUCCACCAUCUCGACGCCGUCGCUCACGCUGCCAUCGGUUCCCAUCAUCACGUCCAUGACCAGGCAGGGAGACAGGCUCCUGGAGUUCCAGCUAUGGCAUCAGUACAUCACCAGCACUUCCAAGACUCUGGUCAUGAACUCUCCUGCCAGUACAGACAUCUGGCAGAAGGACGUACCGCGCUUCGCUCUCGAGGGACGGACAUACUUGAUUGAUGCCGUUUUGUCAGUGGCUGCUCUGCACUUGCGCUUCAAGAACCCCGAUGACAGGGUCAUGAUCGAGGCCUCCCAUGCCUACUCGGCGUCUACCUUGGCGGAGUACUGCCGCUCAUUGAACAAGGGCAUCACAGCAGAAAACGCAGAUGCCCUGUUUCUCACCUCGUGCCUCAUUGCGUUCCAGGCCACGGCCUCUCGGCUGUUUGUCAAGGAGGACGGGGACCCAUCGGACCCAGGCGACUCGCAUCGCCGAUAUGCGCUGCCGCUCUCCUGGUUUCACGCUUUUCAAGGAGUCAAGACCAUUGUGGCCACCUCCUGGCAGUGGAUCCGCAACAGCGCUACCGUCAAGGUCGUUAUCGACUCUCAGCCAGGCUUCAUGGACUUGAACCCCCUGGGUCCCGAUUCCUUCUUUGGCCAUCUUCUUGAUGGCUUGGAUGAGGAGCUGGAACAAGAGGACGAGGCCCACCGAGCGGCCACUAACCAGGGUUACUUCCAUGCCGUCUGCGUUCUUAACUGGGCUCAUAAGAACCACUACGCCCCUUCCGCGCUGGCUCUUCCAUCAACAGUUUCGCGUCGUUACGUUGAGCUGGUCGAAGCCAAGAGACCUCGCGCGCUGGCUAUUCUCGCCUGCUUCUUUGCGCUGCUCAAACGUAUGGACAACGUGUGGUGGCUGGAUGACGUUGCCCGUCGAGAGGUCAUGGGCCUUGUGAGCCUAUUCGAGACCGGCUCGAAAUGGUGGAGGCAUCUCGAAUGGCCCAUCAGAAUUGCGCUGUGGGACGGAGAAGCUGAUGCUAUCCCGGCCGAGAUAUGGGGCGUGGAGCGCAAGGAGAACCCAAGCAUGCCGUCUGCAGAGACGAUACUGAACCACAUCGACCUGAUGGCCAAGAUGAUGGACAGCACCCAAGGUCCGCAGUCAAUAGAGUCGAUACCCGUGGUGGGUGAUCUGGGCGGCUUGGUUCCUCCGCCCCUCGACUGAUUUACCCCCCCAGGACACCCAUUCCAGAAGUGUAUGAUUACGGCUGGCUUUGUGGCCGUUGGAUUAAGAAGGCGGCGUUGGUGUUCAUGGCAAUCACAUACAAGAUAUACCAGCAUGUUGAUUUUCUUUU